ACAUUUCAAAAAUUCUUUUCACACAGAUCCUGAGAACUGCCCAAUUCUGAGACAAAGACUACAUGACACUACAACAUGAGCGAGAAUAAAUGUGACACACAGUUUUACAGUGUUCAAGUUGCAGAUUCAACAUUCACUGUACUAAAACGCUACCAGCAAUUGAAACCUAUUGGAUCUGGGGCUCAAGGCAUUGUUUGUGCUGCAUUUGAUACCGUCCUUGGAAUAAAUGUUGCUGUAAAGAAGUUAAGUCGCCCUUUUCAGAAUCAAACCCAUGCAAAACGAGCUUACAGAGAACUAGUGCUGCUGAAGUGUGUGAACCACAAAAAUAUAAUUAGUCUAUUAAAUGUAUUUACACCACAGAAGUCAUUAGAAGAAUUUCAAGAUGUGUAUUUGGUUAUGGAAUUGAUGGAUGCUAAUUUAUGCCAAGUUAUUCAUAUGGAGCUGGAUCAUGAAAGAAUGUCCUAUCUUUUAUAUCAGAUGUUGUGUGGGAUCAAACAUCUUCAUUCAGCUGGUAUCAUCCACAGAGAUUUAAAACCCAGCAAUAUAGUAGUAAAAUCAGAUUGUACUCUCAAAAUCCUUGACUUUGGACUUGCAAGAACAGCAUGUACUAAUUUCAUGAUGACCCCAUAUGUAGUAACACGAUAUUAUAGAGCACCAGAAGUUAUUCUUGGCAUGGGAUACAAAGAGAAUGUUGAUAUCUGGUCAGUUGGUUGCAUCAUGGGAGAAUUGGUGAAAGGUUGUGUGAUAUUCCAAGGCACUGAUCAUAUUGAUCAGUGGAAUAAAGUUAUUGAACAAUUAGGUACACCGUCAGCAGAUUUCAUGAAAAAACUACAGCCCACUGUACGGAAUUAUGUAGAAAACAGGCCGAAAUAUCCAGGUAUCAAAUUUGAAGAACUGUUCCCAGACUGGAUAUUUCCAUCAGAGUCUGAUCGUGAUAAGCUAAAAACGAGUCAAGCUAGAGAUUUACUAUCAAAAAUGCUAGUAGUAGAUCCAGACAAACGAAUUUCAGUAGAUGAAGCUUUGCGACAUCCAUAUAUCACAGUUUGGUAUGACCCAGCUGAAGCAGAAGCACCACCUCCCCAAAUCUAUGAUGCACAGUUGGAAGAAAGAGAACAUGCCAUUGAAGAAUGGAAAGAGUUAAUAUAUAAGGAAGUAAUGGAUUGGGAAGAAAGAAAUAAGAAUGGUUUGGUAAAAGAACAGUCUUCAGAUGCAGCAGUGAACAGCAAUACCAGCCCUUCUCAGUCAUCAUCAGUCAACGACAUUUCAUCCAUGUCAACAGAACAAACAUUGGCUUCAGACACGGACAGCAGCCUUGAUGCUUUGACAGGAACACUUGAAGGAUGUCGAUGAUCAGCUUCGAAGAUUAAGAUUAGCAAAGAAUCUUUGCUUCUGUUGGGCCUCUAUUGCUUGUAAGUUCAUGGAGCCAAAUAGAAAACUUCAUGUUCUGCAUGUUCCUCUAAAAUAAUGCCUGUGAUUUUACUCAGUUGCAGUAAAACUGUCUGCUUAAUAUUGUAGAGUGAAAGCAACUUUGUAUCUCAAGGCAAACGAAAUAUAAACAUU